AUGCUACCAGAAGAUCCAAAAUUGCCGCUUGAAAGGAGUACAAAACCUGCGGCCGUAGAAGGUGAAGAGAAAAACGCUGGACAAACAACAGGCAAACUUGCCGCUGACCGUGACUCGGGUCUAUCGUAUACAGCACUACAAGCGGAUAGAUUCAUCUCAAGUACCAGUGGAAAUUUCAGAAUGAGUGACUUGGAAGCAGACGACGACCAUGAUUUUGCUCCCAACCAAGUUCUACCAGUGGCAAACCUUCCCAGCGACUUUGACGGCGUUCCCCAAGACGGAAUGGAAUACUUGUUCACAGUAAGACGUGAUGCAAAGUCGCUUCCUCGGUUCACCAGAGUUGAUAAUCCGUAUGAAGUGGAUGAGAUCAUCCACGCUACUCGGUACGGAGCCUCUAGUGCCCAGGAGAACGAACAGCUCCCGAGUGAAGAAUGGAGAACGUCGUUUACUCGUAGUUUCCAAAACUAUCGCCAGAACCUAAAGCAGGCAAUGGCCAAACCUCUGGAGAGCGCACCACUUACUCUUCCGAGCUUUCAAAGUCGUGAGGCUUGGUGGCGAUACAUCACUGGGACUCAGCCCACAGGCAAUCAGGUGCAGCUCCCUGUUGCUGGAGAGGCAUCCACGACAGAGAGUGGCGAGGCGCUUGCAAACGGAGCUCCAUCUUCUGCAAACGCAUCGCAGCCUUCGCACGAACCAACACUAUCAGUUCUGAAACAGCUCUCCACGAAGAACACUGUGCAAUUAUUGUACUGGCACUCUGUCUGGAUCGACAGCUUUACCGAGACACUGGAGGAAAUGGAGCAAGGUCAAUCAAUGACGUCUGCGUCUCGACCGCUGUCCCAAGUCCACACUCGGUGGAUGUUUACACUGCUAGGGAGAUUGGACGACCAUCUCACGAGUCACGACAUCAGUACGCUCCGAUCCCUUGCUAGAUCCUGCCUUCGGCUCGUCAAGGCGAUGGGGGAUGCCCAACAAGACCCUGCUUUGACGAGUGAGUCAAUGGAGCUUUCUACUGAAACCAAUCAGACAAGAGUGCUUGGUGGCUAUUGGAUGGUAUUUGCGGCCAUUGUGAGCGUAUGGGGACAAACGGAUCUUUGGGAAGAAGCACGACAAGAAUUCGCGAAAACAUGA